AUGUCUUCUACACCAACUGACACCCCAAAAACAAUAGUUGCAGAUCCCGAAGGAGAUGUCCUACUCCUUCUUGAAUCAACAGAAAUUGGACAUGUCAACAAAACCAAAAUUCUAUGUUCCUCGAAACAUCUUGGUCUCGCAUCUGCCGUCUUCAGAGCAAUGCUUCGGCCAAACGUCUACAAUGAAGGCACAACUCUCUCACACAUUGGCAAAGUGGAGAUUCCACUUCCAGAAGACGAUGCUGAAAUCAUGACGACUCUCGUACUUUUGAUUCAUGGACGUCAUCAGCAUCCCGAUUGUCGUCCCAUGGUGACUUUCGAUGUCCUCGGCCAUGCGGCGAUUCUGGUGGACAAAUACCAAAUGCAUGAGGCGACCAACUUUCGCACUGCAGAAUGGGCACAUUCAUAUUUUCGUGGAAAUCCGAUCAUUUCUCAUCGUUUGGAUGAUUUACCCUUAUUACUUUGCAUCACUUGGGUAUUCGAUAUGGGGAAUGAGUUCAGAGACACUACCCGCCACAUCCAAUAUAAAACUGUUGGAAGUGUUGUCGAUUCUGUAGCAAGUUUCUAUGUCGAUUUACCGAUUCCACACAGUGUCAUUCAGAAGCUUGAUAACGUAAGACGUGCCUACAUUAGACGUGUAUGCAACAUCAUCAGAGUUACGAUCACCACACGUGAGGAUAACAUCGACAGCGCUCACCGAUUCUGCAGAGCCAUCGACAGAAGCGAAACACCAGAAGAUGCCUACGAAGUCCAACGACACCGAAGAAGAUGUGACAAAGUUGUUCUAGAUAGUUUGAUAUCCUCGGCUUCGGAAAAAGGUCUCUGGCCAUUAGAUGUGGCACAAUCUCUUGCGGAUACUAGCUCGGUAUUUCGAGUUGCGGAAAAGACUACACGUCUUGAUUUCACGUCGGAGUGUGACAGAUUGAUCUGUUUGCACACAGAUCACCCCGCAAUUACGUUUGAGGUAGCCUCUGUCCGCAAAAUUAGAAACGAAAUUGAGGUUGGGGUGAGGCAGAUUAUGGGACGCCUGGUAGGCUUGGAUUUGGAGUGGGAGAAAAGGAGAUUUGUCGUGCCGAUGUUGGAAACUUAUCGUUGA